AUGUCCUCGCCCAUCGACGAGCCUGCGAUGGCGGGCCACAUCCGCAGCUUCAGCUCACCGAGCCUCUCGUCAUCGUCGCACACACCCUCAUCGUGCAACCUGGACGACGUCGGCCCGCACGACCUGUCGGACGUCUCGUCGCUCGACGGGUCCGAAUUCGAAAUCAUCGACGUCGUGCGACGACCCGCCUCAUCGCUCUCUGCAAGGUCCCGCGAACAUGCGGGCGCCGAGGGCAGCCACGAUGCACCUUACGAUGGCAGCCUGCUCGGUGAUCACGCCGACCAGUGGGCCACGGUCCCCCGCCACACGACCCUGGCCGAUGGCAGCCACGCCGUCGACGUGCAUCGCCUCGCUCCGAACCAGAAUUCGCGCACGCAGCGCGUCGUCGGUGGCGACAACAUCGACGGCGACGAGCGUGGAGACCUGUCUGCCGUCCUCAAUGAGCAAGAUGCCGCCGAGGCCGACCUGCUCAACCGUAGCUUGACUUCAACUUUUGCCCUGUCUCGCCACGAGCAGCAGGACAGCGGUCCCUCGUCCAGCACCAACUCGACCUGCAUCGUCACUCCGCUCGCUUCGAUCCUGGCCAAUGCCACAAGCCACCGGCUCUCGAGCUUUCCGGAGCGAGAGAGCGACGGCGAAAACGCCAUCGCCAGCUCCGAUGCGACGCCCUCGGUGCUCGCAGCCUCGCAGUUCACGUUCCCCGACCCGCUCAGCGUGUCGAUGGCUGGGCCGGUUGGACACGAGGACGAAGGCGGCGCCGAUGCCGCCGGCGGUUGCCCGGUAGUCUCGGCUCCCUCUGACCAUUCGCAAGCGCUCCGCAACCGGCGAUGGACCCCGGUCCCGAGCGAGGCAAAGACCACCGACCCGUCGAUGGUCAGCCGUCCGAGCGAGCGCGGGUGGAACCGUGCGAGAGCGGCGGCGGCAAAGGCGGGGGCACCGACCGCCACCGCGUCGAGCUUCGGCUUCAACACCUUCGAUCCGGCGUCGCUCGGGUCCACCGAGGUGGCAGCCAAGUCGGGCGACCUGCGCUCAGCGCUGGCCGGCCGUCCGGUGCGCAGGACCCACAUCGACCUUCCCGCCGCCAUCAAUGUCUACUACCUUGGCCGUCGUCCGAGCGCGGCCGUGCUGUGGCGCAUCUCGCAGGCGGUCAAGUCCUCGCUUGUCGAGGCGGCGGGCGUUCCUCUGCAGCCUCACGCGCGCGACGUCCACCAAGGCGGUAUCGUCGUCACCAGGUCGGCCGCCGGCAACGCCUUUGGCAAGCGCGUCCUCCAUCUCAAGGAGGUCGACUGCACCGAGGCACGCGACGACAGCGCGGAGCGGACCGCAAUGGUCGAGGGCUACCUCAAGGGCACUGCCGCGCAUGACGUCGCCAAGGGCAACGCGCUCAUCAUCUGCUGCCUCGAGGGCGGCGAGGCCAGCACCUCGACCAGCCUGCCCAGCCACCUCGCCAGCCUGCUCGAAUUGAUCCAUGCCCGCCUCCCCUCGCCCACCCAGCUGGGCAGUCAGGCAGCACAGGUCCCCAAGCCGCUGGUCCUGCCAGUCUCGUGCCCGAGAUCGAGCGCGGAUGCCGACGACGCCAUCUCCAUCGCUUCGUCCGGCCAGCGCGAGCUCGUGCGCCAGCUCUCAAGCCGCAUGGAUGUCCAGGCCAUCGAUCGAGAGUGGAGCUCAACCCUGGCCGAGACCCUGCGACUGCUCAAGGCCAUCUGCUCGGCUCCCCACCUGCACGUGCAGUUUGCCCCCGGCACCGCCUUUGUGCGCGUCAUUGGCUUCGAGGCCCUCGUCUCAAACUCGGCAAGCUGGUUCCGCGGCGAUGCCACCUGGGCAUGCCGCGCGGCGAUGACCCUGACGACGCCGUCCAACUCGCCGUUGGUCCUCCUCCAGGGCGCCGAGUCGGAGCCUCGAGGCAUGCAAGCGCCGCCGGCCUGGCUGACAAAGACGCGCAAGUGGCUAUCCCGCGGUGCUCAGAAUGCCCCCUUCUAUCAGGAAUCGCUCGAAUCGGGCAAGGAGAAGCUCGAGGACGACGAGGUCCUCGGCCCGCUCGAGGACCGCGACGACCUCGAGCGUCUCUCGACUCGCAAGCUGCUCUCACGCCACCGCAUGCUCAAGCUCCUCGUCCUCGCCAUGUCGCUGCUGUCGUGCGCCGCGCUGCUCGGCAACGGCACCGUGCCGCUGGCGAACAAGCUUUUCGAUCAGGGAACCCGGCUUUCGCGCGCCUCGCUGUCCAAGCCGACAGCGAUGUCGAUCGUGAACUCGCUCACCCCCGGCGGCGGCGGCGCUUUCCUCGACUGCACUCGCAACCUCUCCCAGAGCAUCGCAAGCCGUCACUCCGCCUCUUCGAGCCUCGUCAACGUACCCGCUGCCGGAUCGAGCGGGACGAGCGGGACGAGUCCGACCGCCAGUCGCCGCACCAAGUCUACGCCGAGCAAGCCAUCCGAGCUGCGACCGAAUGCCAUGGCGAGCACGGCCGUGGCCGUUCGCAGCGCCGCUAACCAGACCACCGGCCUCUCCGUCUACCAGCAGACCGUGUUUGGCGAUCCCCCAAUGGCCGUCACGAACGAUAGUGGCAGCAGCAGAACGAAGGGCAAGGCCAAGGCCAAGGGCAGAGCCAAGACCAAGGGCAAGUCCAAAGGUGUCGGCCGCGUCCAACGCUCGGCCGGCGGUUCGGCGACGGAGUCCGCAGCCUCGGCGCCGGCGCAGGGUCGGGUCCUUGAUCGCCUGCUGCGCGGCGCGCAUCAGGCCAAGACGGCGCUCAUCGCCGGCGCCCGGCUAUCGUGGCAGUACUGGCUGUCGGAGCUGUGGCGCGUCUACCACGACAUUGUCCUUCCAGCCCAGCAGUACUAUGCCGACGCGUCGCUGCAUGCCUCGCGGAUGCUGCACAGUGCUCGCACCGCCUCGAAGGUGUUUGCCGACAAGCACAGACACGACGCCCGCCACCUGCUGUCGGACGCGGUCCGGGGCGCCGUCGUCGUCGACGAUAUGGUUCGCGCCCGUGCGCUCGAGACGCGCCAGUGGGCGCGCAGCAUCUUUCGCGACAUGACCAAGGGAGCCGUCAUAGUCUCGGACGCUGCAUCGAGCAGCCUGGCUUCUGCGGCCGAGGAGCUCAAGACGAAGGGCGAAAACCUCGCGCAGCACCUCAAGUCCAAGCGCCUGGACGAGAGGUUGCGGCAGCGCGCGUCCGAGGCGCGCCGCUACAGCGACCAGCUCCUCGGGUCGGCGCUGAGGCGCGGCGAUGAGCAGCUCGAGUACUGGUUCUUUGCCGACGACGACUGA